AUGGAACUUGGAGCUUGCAGAAGGAGAAGCAUAUUUUCAUCAUAUGAGAGACUGGCUGCUAUAAGCUUGGUGGUUCUAGCUGUGGUUUCUCCUCUCUAUAUAGAUCGCAAAUCAGAGUGUGAUUUGGAAGAUGAAGAGCAACCCGUCAACGUUGAUGUUUGGUUACCUUUACUACUAUUUCUAUUGAUUCUGGGCAUAGCUUUGUCAGCUUUCUUUGACCAGAGCUUUACAGGGUUUGAUCGUUAUUGGAUUCAUAGAGUUUUUGGUUCUUCUGGUGGUAUUGUUGUGAUUCUUACUGUUCUUUUUCUUAUUUUGAAGUUUAAAUCGUCUUUGUGA